AUGAGGAGCUCAGAAUUGAAAGCAUUCUUCUCUGCGGGUGCAAUUCUGGCAGGUCUAUGGAUGUCAGCCCAGUUCACCCUUUCCGCAGCAGAACUUGCCCAUGAUAAUCUGAGCUUGCUUGCAUUGGACCUGUCAGCGAGCGAUGAUCCGACUCAGGAUCCUACUCUUCCCCGAACGCAGCCAUUCGUCCGGGUAUGGCAGAAAUCGACUGAUGGACCAAUCCCUCUCGUGAGAGUGAACUGCCACAGCUCCAGCACGGGCGAUGCGGAGAUCAUAGAUUCCAUCAAAGCAGGGAAGAAGUUUGAAUUGUUCCCGGGGAACGACUCCUUCACCUGCACAUUCGUUUGGAUGGGUACCGACAGGAUGCUGGCCUCUCAGCACUUCGUGAUUUACUCGCCUCCAAAAAAGCAAGACGUCCUCAUGAUGCCCUUCUACUGCAGGCUAUGUUUAUGGACCUUCGACCACACCGGCUUCGACUUAUACAACAAUGCCACCAAGUCAGAGAGAGAGAGAGAGAGUGAGAGAGAGAGAGAGAGAGUAGAUGUGAUUGACGAUCCGGGUUUCGUGGACAAAAACGCGCACCUUUUCAGGGAACAAUGUCGAGAGCUCGAUGAAGUGUGGGAGCAAAGGGAAGGCGGUAAGGAUGGUGGGUCCAAACUACGGACCUCAAAAGAAUCCUGGGAGGAACAAGUGAAACCGCCCUUCCAGUGUACAUUCAGUUGGAUAUCCCUAACCCUGAGGUCGCAAAUCAUUCGCCAGCCCAAGAACACGACCACAUUAGACCCUCAAGAAAAUUCUUGCUGGUGGAUGUCGCGUGGCGACGGAGUCACGCACGAAGGAUCCAAAUCGCAAGCCGAUGAAGGCAAGCGUGCUUUCCACGUUCCCAAUAGAGCCACAGUCAAUUCUCGUAUAUUCAAUGCACAUGGGCACGAAGCCGUGCGUCAACUAGCAGACAGACACUUUCGUGUGCCCACAAUGUCGCCGUGCCAUAUGCAAGCGUCCACCGGCGCCACCUCAUUUCAUACUUGGUGUACAACUUCCCACCGCCAUCUAUCCAUUCUUUAG